UUGUGCAAGUGGCAUUAAGCGUCUGUUUUUAACGCUCCUCCCCUUUAUCAACUCGUAUGUUUUUCAAUAAAACUUUCUGAAAAUGCCGGACAAAGAAACUGGCGAUCGAAAAGACCGGAAAGCCGGCGAAGAUUCCAGUAAAUCAAAAGAUGCUAGCAAAGACAAAAAGGAUACCAAAGAUUCUGGGAAGAAAAAAGGCAGAGCUUCAAGCAGUGAUAGUUCUUCAAGCAGAAGUUCUAGAUCGUCCAGCAGCAGCAGUAGCAGCAGCUCUAGUUCACGAUCAUCCAGCAGUUCUUCUUCAGACUCUAGAUCAUCAUCUAGUUCAUCUAGCUCUUCUGAUUCAUCAGGUUCCUCACGUUCCAGCGGUUCAUUAAAGAAGCACCAGAAAAAGAGAGCCCCAGCGAGUGAUAAGCCAAAAGUUGAUAGCAAACCUGAUGAAGAGAAAACAAAACUGGAUGGAGAAAAGAAUGUUGACAAAGACAGAAACAAAGAAAACAAACGAUCCCGCUCUACAUCUCCCCGGAGGCGUCGUCGCGAUCGUUCACCUACACCCAAGCCACUUCGAAUCCACAUCGGCCGACUGACGCGCAAUGUCAACAAGGAACACAUUAACGAAAUUUUCUCCGUUUACGGAACCAUCAAAGCUGUCGAGUUUCCCAACGAACGUGCUGGGUUAAGUCACCUCCACCGGGGCUUUGCUUACAUCGAGUUCAGUACUGCCGACGAAGCAGAAAAUGCAAUGAAGCAUAUGGACGGAGGCCAAAUUGAUGGACAAGAAAUCACAGCCGCCCCUGUGCUGAUCCCUAAAAACCGUCCACCACCACCUCGACGGAAUUCACCACCCAGAAAUCGACCGGGCCGUUGGGGCAUGGGUGGUGGUCGAUCUCCACCAAGAUUCCGAAGACGUUCUCCCCUACGUCGACGAUCUCCUCCACGAAGGGACAGAGAUAGGAGACCACCUCCACCUGCCCGUUCCAGGUCUCGUUCACCCAAUCGCCGUUCAGGUGGCAACAAUCGCCGUUACAGUCGCAGUUCAUCAUCUUCUUCGCGUUAAAUAAGACAAUCAUGAUUUAUUUAACGUUGAAGAACGUCCACUCUUUUUUUUUUAUCAACUCAACUUUGUGCUCGUGAUUCAGAUUUUGCUUUCGCCCGAGCUGUUGCUGAUGAGUCAAUAGCGUAAAUGCCACACGUAUUCCGUAAAUUUUCCCUUUUUCGAUGGAAUCCUGCAAGACGAUACAAUAUCACCUGACAAUGGCAUUUGUCCUUCA